AUGGCAUCCCUCCGACGCUUUCGGCCUGAUGAUCUCAACAAGAUCUCCAAAUGCAACUUGGAUCCCUUGACCGAGACCUACGACUUGAGCUUCUACAUGCAGUACUAUGCGAAGUGGCCCGCCAUGUUCCAGGUUGCCGAGGAUGGUAACGGCAACAUCAUCGGCUACAUUAUGGGCAAACUCGAGAGCUCCCCGGAUUUCAUGAGACGAUCAAAGCAUUUCCUCCCUUGGCAUGCCCACAUUACUGCUCUGACUGUUGCACCCGAAGCCCGUCGCACCGGCAUUGGCAAGAUCCUAACGGCGCAACUGGAAGCGGCUGCCGACGUUGGCGAUGCUUAUUUCGUCGAUCUGUUUGUGCGCCGAAGCAACACCCGAGCGAUCAACUUCUAUAAGAGCCUGGGCUACACCGUCUUCCGCGUGGUGAAGGACUACUACGGCGAAAAUGUCAACGACCCCACGGCGUCUGGAGAAGAUGCCUACGACAUGCGGAAGCCGAUGAAGCGCGACACGAAGGGUGAACACGUCCGCGACAACGGCGAAGAGUUUGAGGUGGAUCCUGAGGACGUUUUUUGA